CCGUGUUUUUCAUGUCGCGUUCUUGGUAGUACCAUGUUUUUUGGUAUAAGCGUGUUUUCGUUCUUAAAUGCACGACGCUUUAAACAACGCACAGCGGAUAAACGUUUUAAUCUUGUAGUUGGAUGUGCCUUCGGCAUUUUAUGCUUUCUACGCGCGUUUAAGAAGUAACAUAAUAUUAAAUUGCAACUCUAUUCUGUUGCAUUUCACCAUAUGAUGAAGUGUUUAAAAUUCCAUUGUUUCACGUCAAUUUCCCAUACGAAAAACAUUUUUAAUUUGCGAAAAAUGCUGAAAUGUCUUGUUUAUUAAGGAAAUUUUCAAUAAACAUUCACAUCAAGCUACGGUCCAUUAGACUGAAAUAUUGCAAGAGCUGUUAACAUAAUGCCUUAAUGUUCGGUUUUACAUAUGAAAUGUUUUCAGUACAUUAAAAUUAUAAAAGAAAAUUCGUUCUGGUUGUUUCGAGUAGGGUAGUUAAUAUGAAAACUUAAAUUAAUUUUUUUUAAAAAAAGGUUCGGGAGCUAUUAAUAACAUUCAAUACAAUUAGUCUAAUUGGGUGGUUAAUAUUUUUUAAAUUAAAAAAAAAACCUUGUAUAAAAUGUAGAUUUUUUUUAAUAUCAAGUCGAUUUCGUAAGGAGUAAGUACAGAAUGUAUAUUCGAAUUUAUAAAUACAUCUUCUCAAAGAAACAAAGGAGUAUAGGUGUCCUAUUAUUCUUUAUAUAAGCAGCUAAAACUCUUUAGUGUUGAUAGCGCAGCUUUUUGCAAUAGAGUGUGUCAAAUUUUUAAUUUAAAUGUUUCAUUUAAUGGAUAGUAAAAUCAAAGUAAAUAUAAACUGUAAUAGUCAAUUAUUGACUUGACUGUUGUCUGGUUGACGCCCAUCUUGACUCUUUUUGUCUUUAAAAGUGUAAAACAAUACAAAUUUCUCAAAAGGUAGAAGUAUGUAUUAUAUGUUAAGCACACUCGGACAAAGCUAGUGCAGGAUUAGUAACGAGUGUGUUGUAACUCCCUUUUGCAAAUUUAAUUGGAGUUUUCAAAUAAUGGUAACUAUGUAAAUAUGACGACGAUCGGAUCAGUCCGGUUUAAUAGUGAUGAUGAUUCUGAAGAUGAAACCCUACAUGCCUCUGAAAGUUCUUUAAGUGAAACAGAUGACGCCCUUAACACUUCCGUAACGCAUGGAACUGUGGAUCCUGAUCUUAAACGACAAAAAACCAUUGAAACUGUUUUAAACAUGACUGUGGAAUCUUUAAACCGUUUAUCACAUGACUCCACUGUUUCUAAAACAGAUCCUUUAUUAGAAUUUCACCGAUGUAACAAAAUACGUCAGCUUCCUCCAGUUACUCGAGAUAGUGUACUAAAUUAUUUAGAAUGUUGUAGCGGAAGUCUAGUCUCAUCAACGGCCAAGACGAAUAAUAUAUCUCAAUUUAAAGAAACAUUUCGUUCCACUUUAAACUUUUCUCAAGCAUUUAAAAACCGUGAAACAUCUUCAACAUUAGGUGAUAAGGAAUUUGUGAAUAUCCAUCAGAAGGUUUCCUAUAGUUGCCAAAUUUACAAUAAGCCGAAAAAAGUAUUGAAGUCAUCCUUAGAGUAUAAAAAAUAUCUAGCCGAACAAAAAAAAAACAAGCUCGGAAGCAUAGAGGCAUUACAUAAAACUUUGAAUGAAUUGAGAGGCGUCACAAAAAUUUCUACUUUAGAGAAAACUCGCUGGGAUUGGUCAACUUUUAAACAAAAAACUAUAGGAAACGAAAAUUUUGGAAAAUCUAAAAAGUAUUUAGCGACACAAGCUUUUUUGUCUUCGGUUUCCUUUUCUCAGUACCAUCAAGUAUUAAAUGCUCGCAGAAGGAAUCGACUACAAUAGUUUCUCUCGGUAAUAUCAUCUUACUAUUAGCAGUAUGUGAAGGUAUCUUCGGUUCCGUAUGUAUCUGUAUUUUUUGUUUUCCGGGUUAAGUCAAAGAAUACGUUCUAUUUUUUAUAUGCGAGUGCUACACUGUAAAGAAUUCUUUUCCUGUUGACUGCAGGAUACGAUAACUAGCUCGUCUCCGUAUGCCAUUUCUGCCAUCAUGACUCCUUGUCUUGUUUUUUUUAAACUCAUAUGUUUCAUUAUCCUUACUUUAAAAAAAAACUUGUUUUAAUGAUUCUCUUACACCUCAUUUUACUCUUUUCAGUUUUUUAACUAAUGUAUGAAAAGACACGUGUUUCUAUAAACUUUUACGCUAGAUGAAUGUUAUUUAAAGACAAGCAGUAUGUUAUGAAUAUAAUUUAUACAUCUAUCUCUUGAUAUUACAUGUAUGAAUGCUACAAAGCUUUUAUGCGUAAUGAAAAGCUGGCAUAUGCCUCUAACUGUCAAUAGUAAGGUUUGGUAUAGUGUCAUGCUAGUUAUCCAAAUGUAUGAAUUGCUUUAAUCGAGUCACCCUUGAAAAAAUCA